AUGAAGCGCGAAGGUAACUCAUCAUUUACACAACUUCCAUUUUAUUUUAAAACAUUCGCUGUCUGUUUGCGUUCUGAAGCUUCAAAUUCAGCUUUUUGGCACCCCUAG